AUGUUGCGAAGAGCAGCAACCAAUGCAUAUUCAUGGUGGUGGGUUAGCCACAUCAGGACAAAACAAUCAAAAUGGCUGGAACAAAGUCUCCAAGAUAUGGAGGAGAUAGUGGCUGAGGCUCUUAAAAUCAUUGAUGAUAAUGGGGACUCAUUUGCUCAAAGGGCGGAAAUGUACUAUAGGAAAAGACCAGAACUGAUAAAUUUUGUGGAAGAAGCCUUUAGAGCAUAUAGAGCAUUAGCAGAGAAAUAUGAUCAUCUAUCAAAGGAGCUACAAAGCGCGAACCGCACAAUUGCCACCGUUUUUCCUGAACAAGUCCAUUAUAGAAUAGACGAAGAUGAAGAUGAAGAAAGUGUCCCUGAAACUAAUUCAUUACCUCCUAACCCUAAUAACCAAACAGAAAAACAAUGCAACAUCCCUAAACCUCCAAGUAUCCCAAAGAAGGUUUUUCGAAGUCAGUCUAUGUUGCUAUCAAGAAAAGGAACACAUAGAAGAAGUGUCAGCUCGGAAAAAUCUGUUUCAAAUCCAACAAUUCAAUGUUCAGGUUUGAGUAAGGUUGAAGCAUUAGCUGAAAUAGACAAGCUUCAGAAAGAAAUUUUGGCAUUGCAAACUGAGAAAGAGUUUGUAAGGAGUUUGUAUGAACAUUCCUAUGAAAAAUAUUGGGAAAUUGAAGACAAAGUUACAGGAAUGCAAAAAAGAGUUUGCAGUUUGCAAGAUGAGUUUAGUAUCAGUACAGUAAUUGAAGAUAACGACGCACGAGCUUUAAUGGCAGCCACGGCGUUAAAUUCAUGUAAAGAAACCCUAAAUAAGUUGAAAGAGGUACAGUCACGAUCAUCUGAGGAAGCUAGAGAAGCAUACCAAAAGGUUAAGGAAGUUCAUUACAAAUUUGAAAACCUUAGAGGUAACUUCGUUUCCAAGCAAACAAAUCAGGGAGAUGAAAAAACAGAAACAAAAAGUAAAGAUGAAGAAGAGAUAGCUAGCUUUGAAAAAGAUAUGCUUGAACAUGAUAUAGGGAUGUUGCAAGAGAAGAUUAAGGAAAAGCUUGAGGAAGAUUCGGGAAACUCGCUUACUAUGACAGAAAUUGCAGAGAUGAUCGAUGAGCUUGUAGGUAAGGUUGUUAGUUUGGAAACGGCAGUUACUUCUCAGAAUGGAUUGGUGAAGAGACUAAGAUCAGAAGCAGAUGAACUUCAAACAAAUAUACAAAGCUUAGAAGAGGAUAAGGAAAUGUUGAUUGAAGAUUCAGAAAAUAGUAACAAGAAGAUGAAAGAAUUGGAAGAGGAGUUGAAGAGAAUUAAAACUCUCAACAAAAGUGUCGAAAUGCAAGAUAACAGCCUCAAAACACACUUUCAUGAAGCUAAUUUUAAUCUUGAGCAUCUUUCAGGAAAACUGAAAAAUGUGAAACUAGAUGAGGAAGCGGAGAAUUUGGUACUUAACAAGAAUACGAGUUUUUCUAAUGGAAAACCAAGUGAGGAUUUUGAAAAACCUGUAGAUGAACUGUCUAAUAAUAAUUUAGCAAUCGUGAAUGAUGCUAAGGAAGAUCGUGCCGAAAAUAUCGGUGAAGUCGAAAAUGAAGAUGAUAAGUCUAGAUUGAAGAAUAAUAUUGAUUUUAGGACUGAAGGUGUGCAAGAUCUAACACAACAGGAUAAAGAUGAUUUCUCUGAGACAAUACGUAAUGUUAAAGUUGAAUCACUUGAUCUGGAAACUAAGGAGGAAAAAGAUCAAACUAAAUUGAAUCAGAUGUUUGUAAAUGGAUCAGAUGAAAGAGAAAAGAUUAUGUUGGAGGAGUACACAUCAGUUUUGAAGAACUAUAACGAUGUAACGGGAAAGCUCAACAAUGUGGAGAAUAAAAAUCGAAACAGCAUUUUUGAAUUGGCACUUAAGUAUGCAUAUCUGCAGGUAAGGGAACUGAAGAAUGUAGUUGCCACUAAGGAUGAAGAGAUAAACAUUUUACAAAAUAAGCUUACCUAUUCAGAAACAAAUCCGGAUGAAAGUCCUCGCACCACUCUAACCGAAGAAGCGCCUCUUGAAAAUGCGGUUCAAGGAGAUAACAGGGAGGGUACUGAAAUUCCAGCUUCAGAUAUAGCUAGUACUUCUUUAGAAGAUCAACACCAACAUGUUGAAAACACAGGAAAUAUCGAUAUGUCAUCAAUUGGAAAGACAAGAUUUUUUGUGGUGAGAGAAAGACAAAUUGACAAAGACCAUUCCCUUUCACUGUUAGAAAAGAAAUUCCGCUUCGAAAUUGAUGGUUUGCUUGAGGAGAAUUUAGAAUUCUGGUUGAGGUUUAGCACUUCAGUUCAUCAAAUUCAAAAGUUCCAACAAUCUUUACAGGACUUAAAAGUAGAACUAAGAAAAAUAAAGCAGAAUAACAAUUUGUCGGAUAACAAGAUCGCUUCAAAAGCUGUACAGUCAGAAAUAAAGCCAAUAUUUAGACAUUUGAGAGAAAUAAGAACUGAGUUAUCAUUAUGGUUAGAACACAAUGAAGUAUUGCAGGAUGAUUUACAAGCUAGACAUCCAUCAAUGUGUAGCUUACAAGAUGAAAUAGCAAGUGCUGGGAAUCCAGAUUCAUCGUCAAAAAGAGUAGAACUUAGUGAGCAUCAAGCUGCAAAGUUUCAAGGCGAAGUUCUCAACAUGAAACAAGAAAUCAACAAGGUUUCUAGUGAACUACAAGAAGGUUUGAGUUAUGUAAAAGGACUUAAAAAUGAAGUUGAAAAAAUACUUGAAGAAUUGAGUCAAGCAAUGGGAGAUAACAAUCAUGAUAAAAAUUCCACAAGUCGCGCUAGAAUGCCUUUGAGGUCUUUCUUAUUCGGAAUCAAGUUGAAGAAACAAAGGCAAUCAAUGUUUGCAUGUGUAAAUCCAGCACUACAGAGACAAUACAGUGAUCUAGCAGAAGCUAAUGAUGCCCCAAUAUAGAUGUUGUAGUCUAUCAAUGAGGUGUCAGUUUAGUGGUAAGAAUUUGAUCUUUUAUCCUCAAGAGAUAUUCAA